AUGUCGGGCAGCGGCUGCACCUUCGAGGACCGGAGCGUGGCCGUGCUGUGCUGCCGCUUCUGCCAGCAGGUGCUGAGCUCGCGCGGCAUGAAGGCCGUGCUGCUGGCGGACACCGACGUCGACCUCUACUCCACCGACAUCCCUCCCUCGGGGACUGUUGACUUUAUUGGAAGCUGCUAUUUUACUGAAAUCUGCAAAUGCAAACUGAAGAACAUUGCAUGUUUAAAAUGUGGUAACAUUGUAGGUUAUCACGUUAUUUCUCCAUGCAAACCUUGCCUGCUGUCCUGUAAUAACGGCCACUUCUGGAUGUUUCAUAGCCAAGCAGUCUUUGGCAUCAACAGACUAGAUCCUUCUGGUGUGAAUGUAUUGCUCUGGGGCAACUUGCCAGAUUUGGAGGAAAGCACAGAUGAAGAUAUGUCAUGCAUCUCUGAGGAAGAAUAUAUCAGAUAAAUGUUAUCUGCAAUAUACUUCAGUGUCUUCCCUUGUUACAUUGCAUUGCUGUUUCUUUAGGGCAUUUUUUGUUUUGUAUUUUCCUGCUGGCCCAGAACUCAAAAAUAUAGGAAACUAGGUAAUCUGGAAAACAAUCCUAAAAAAGGAAGAUACCUUCCUGUUUCACUGUAGCCUCUCAGGCUCUUGCUUCUGCCUAUGUGCAUAUCAUUGAUGAUCAAAGACACUCCCUGGUCAGAUCCAUGUCUUUCAUAUCUGAACAGGCAGAUGGCAGGUACAGUUUCUGAGGUCUGGCUUGUUCUUUGAAGUCUCAAGCAGUGGAUAUUUCUUUUUACCUGUACUUUUUUCUUCUUUCUUGAAAGCAUUCACAGGGCCAAGUCUUACAGUCACUACAAACACAGCUUAAAAAUCUUGAGAAAUAGUUAAUCUGGUUGACUAUGAUGCUCUGAAAGUGCUUUGCUUUUGGGAUCACACAGAUCCUUGCUGCCUAGAACUUCCAUUCUGAGUAUGCAGAGCUGCUGAACAAGUGGCUUGAAGUACAGGAGCUGUGGCUCUAUAAUCUGACUCUUGCUUUUAACAGUUUGUUCUUUAAGCAUUUGAGGCAUGCUAGGAUACUCCUGAAUGUGGGACUGUAGAGCUAUCAUACUGAGUCUUCCUACCUUCUUCUUUCAGUACCUCUAGGAUCAUGUUUUGGUAAAGAUCAGAUUGAUUUUUCUUGAUGGAACUUAAAUACUGAGGUUAAUUAAUGCCUGGUGUAACCUCAGGAUUACACUGGAGUUUUCAUUAAUGUCAACAAUAAAAUCCAUCCAGUUUUGUGUGUUUUUUCCCUUAAAGGAUAGAAAUCCCUUCAAAAGGGAAUUCAAUGAUGGAAAUGGGUGCCCUUCUAGGGGGAAAAGGUUGGAUAUGCAGUGUUCCUGCCUAGCCUUACAUACUGCAGCAUACAGACAAUCUGGUUCCUGUAAAAAUAACUGUUUCUCUGAGUUAUUACAGUCAUAGUAUUUAAUUUAUGAACUAAAUAUUGUCCCCUUCAGCUAGCUGCUUGAAGGAAUAUCCUUGGAAAAUUAAAGUUACAAUCAUAUGAGAACAGACUAUAUUUUUAAGCUGAGAUUGAUGCUGAAGAAAUCACUGUUUAGCCUCAUGUGAUUCUUUGAAGAGCUGUAGCAAAGGCAGAUAUGAAUUGUGUUAAUAUUUUUUUACUGUGUUAUGUAUUUCUUAAUGGUACUACCUCUUCUGCACUGUUUAAAUAUGUAUUUGUA